AAAAAUUUCUUUUGUAGUGAUUAUUUUAUUAAAUAUACUAUAUAAAAUUUAUUUAACAGGGGCAGAGCCUUUCACCCAAGAGAUUGGCUAAGAAUAAGCUGUACCCAAUUAUUAGCUCCAAGGAUGCCAAGGCCGCGAACCAAUCGGAGAACGACGCGGAGUUGUGUUUCUUGGGGUCUCUGGACCCAGAAAAGGUGAAAGAUAAGAUAGUCGUGUGCCUGCGAGGGAUAAACGCGAAGGUAGAGAAAGGGGAGGCGGUGCUCAAGGCCGGCGGGGCUGGGAUGGUUCUCGCCAACAAUGUCAUGACCGGGAACGAGAUCACCGCCGCCGCGCACUUCCUCCCCGCGACCCACAUCACCUACUCCGACGGCAAAGUCCUCUUCUCCUACCUCCAGUCGACUCAGUCACCUCAUGGAUACAUCACCAAAGCAAUAACAGAGCUCAACACAAAACCAGCCCCAUUCAUGGCUGCAUUUUCCUCACAAGGGCCAAACACAGUUAACCCUGAGAUCCUCAAGCCCGAUAUCACCGCGCCCGGUGUUAGCGUGAUCGCCGCGUAUACGAGGGCAUUGUCCCCGACUGGGCUCGUGUACGACCACCGCCGCAUCUCGUUCAACUCGGAGUCGGGUACUUCCAUGUCGUGCCCUCACAUUUCCGGCAUCGUCGGGCUUCUCAAGACCCUCUACCCUCAUUGGAGCCCUGCAGCAAUCAAAUCGGCUAUCAUGACCAGCGCGAGAACACGAGACAACAAGGAAGAACCGAUGCUGAUGCUGAACUCGUCAUUUGUUCGGGUCACACCGUUUAGUUACGGUUCAGGCCAUGUUCGGCCGAAUCGGGCCAUGGACCCGGGUCUCGUUUACGACCUAACCACGUCCGAUUACUUGAACUUCUUGUGCGCCCUCGGCUACAAGGCGGAUCAACUGGCCUUGUUCACAACCAGCACCGCACCGUACAAAUGUCCAGCCAAACCGAUCCGACUUGAGGACUUCAACUACCCUUCGAUCACUGUCCCGAACCUGUCUGGCUCGAUCACGGUUAGCCGCACCGUGAAAAACGUCGGACCCCCAGGCACGUACACAGUUCGAGUCAGACCACCUAAAGGGAUUCAAGUUGCAAUCCGUCCAAAGAGCCUGAAAUUUGAUUCUGUGGGCGAGGAGAAAAAGUUUCAGGUCACUCUGAAAGUCGAAAAUCGUGCCGCGGCCUCAGAUUAUGUUUUUGGGGUAUUGGUGUGGUCGGACGGAAAACGAUACGCGCGGAGUCCUCUAGUGGUGAAAGCAGCAGGGCGGAAACCCUAAUUUUUGAACUUUUAUUAUUGCCACGAAUUUAUUUUUUGGGGGUUUUUUAUGGGACAAUUGUAGAAAUAAGUGGUUUAUUAGGGUUUAGUAUUUGAUACUUUAGGGGGGGUUUCAAUAAUGUAAGUAUUGAAAAAGUAGUUUUUUGGAAACUUAUUAGGCUUUGUUUUCAUCCUUUCUCAAUUCUUAUUUUUCUAAGUUGUAAAAAAUGUUUCAGUUCAUUUUUUUCAAUUUGAAUAA